AAUUGACAACAAUUCCCGACUUUUUUGUUGAUCACAAUCUCUCAACAAAACUAUUAUUUUUGAUAACUUUUGAAGUUUUCAUUUCAUUUCAACUCUAUAUACAAUGACUGACUUUUCGGGAACAUAUAAACUGGUCUCUCACGACAACUUUGAGGCCCUGCUCAGGGAGCUUGGCGCGAGUGAGGAGAUAAUCGCCAAAUUGAAUCAAAACACGUCGGACCUGGAGAUCACCCAAAACGGGAGCGCCUACACCAUCAAAAACGUGAGCCCUAACCACACUCGAGAGAUCAGCUUUGAGUUGGGAAAGGAGUUCGACGAGACCCGGGCUGAUGGCAGUACUGUUAAGUCUACGGUGACACUGGAUGGCAACAAACUGAUCCAGAUCCAAAAGGGGGAAAAGGAGUUGAAGAUCGUGCGGGAACUGGACAGCAAUGAACUCAAAAUAACGGCCACUGCUGGCAGUGUUGAGGCGCAUGGAGUCUACGCUAAACAAUAAACCUGAAAAUGAAUACUUUUUUAUAAAUGUUGUCAGCUCAUUAUAUAAAUAAAUUAUAUUUUUUCAAAUUAUUCUCAUAUAAAAUUAGUAAUUACCUAAAUUAUAUUAAUUCUAAUCAGAUUAUUAAUAAAAUUAUUUUUUAGUAAAUUAAUAAAUGAA